AUGAUUAGAGGACUGGUCACUGCACUUGGUGAUGAGAAGUACUAUGUCAGAUUGAGCGCGUCUGAAGCUCUUGCGGAAAUUGGUGACAAAGCAGCAACUUCUGAAGUGAUUAGAGCACUACUCACUGCACUUGGUGAUGCGCAUGCGGAUGUCAGACGGGGUGCAUGCAAAGCUCUAUGGAACAUUGGUGACAAAGCAGCAACUUCUGAAGUUAUUAGAGCACUGGUCACUGCACUUGGUGAUGAGAGUAAAGAAGUCAGAUCAUCUGCAUGUGAAGCUCUCGUGGCAUUUGGUGAAAAAGCAUCGAUUAACGAUAGUAUGAUCGGAUUAAAAUACCUACUUAGUGUUGAUAGGUUCUGUCUUAAAAAGAAGUAUCCGCGGUUGAAAUUCCAGUCCAAUAGUGAAUGA